CCCCCCCCCCAACCCCGGGCCCUCCGCUUCGUCUUCCCCGGCCAAGAGAGUGGUGGCGCCGCGCAACCCCAAUUCCACCGCCUCCGGCCGCCGUCGACGCGGCCGGGGACCCCACCGGCCUUCCCCCCGCUUCUUUGCCCCGUUCCUUUCUCUAUCGCCUCUCUCCUCUCGGUCGCCCUUCCCUGGCGGCGUCGAUUAGGAGAGCGGCGGCGCGAUUCGCCGCGUCUUCCUCGGCGGGCCCUUUGCCGGCGACGAGUGCCCACCAGGAUUUUUGUUAAGAAUGGGAGAGAAUAAAUGGAUGGGCAAAAGAUGGGAGGACAUGGACACUGAUGUCCUUGUGAAGAUAUUCAAGGAAUUAAAUUUGGUUGAGCUGUCUCCAGUAUCUCAAGUUUGUCGAUUGUGGCGUUUGGCCUGUUCAGAUCCACUUAUUUGGGGCACUCUUGACUUUGGAUUGCUAAAAUCCAAUUUUAUUCAGACAAGAGCAUCACCAUAUAUUUGGGUUGAUGAUAGGUCUGACAAGAGACUUGCAAGGAUACUACGGGUGGCUAUGGCAAUUAGCUGUGGGAAUGUCAAUUGCAUGAUAUUCCAUUACAAUUUGUACAUGAAAGAUGAGCACCUUCAUUUCAUUUCAGAAAGAUCUCCUCACCUAAAACGAUUGGUUAUGCCAGCAUGGAACCGCAUAACCAGAGUGGGAAUAUGCCAAGCUAUCCAAAGGUGGCAAGAGCUGGAGUCCUUGACAAUGCCUACCAUCGGACAUCCUCCGUAUAUUAUGGAGGAGAUAGGCAGAAGCUGCAAGAAUUUCACAGAACUUAAGGUCAUGGGCUCAUUUGAUCACCAAUUUGCCUCUGCGAUUUUGCAGUUCCUUCCAAAGCUGAAAGUAUUGAGCCUUCGUUGCUCAAAAGUGACCAUGGAUGCACUGCAGUCUUUACUGCACUCGAUGGAAUAUCUUGAGGUUCUGAAUAUUUCCCACUCCCUGCUGUUGGCCAUCGCGGCAAAUGGGCGGAAGCAAGUGGUUCAUGAGCUGGAUGGCCAAAUUCUCGAGAGAGCUUCACGGCUGCGUGAAUUCCACUACUGCCAGAGCAGGACGUGCAUCGCAUGCCAGCGGAUGGUGGUGGAUGAAGGCAUCAUGCGCUGGUACAGGUACGAGGAUUGGUUUUGGCGUCGAGAUGAGGUCAGGUCCCUUGACCUGCAAGAUUAUGGGAAGCUAUUUGAUGCUGGUUGCGAGAGGUUGACGUCCGUGGAGUAGAUGGUUAAACCGGGUAUAAAACCCGCCUCCUCACUGUAGAAACUUGUUGACCUGGCAUUCGUAAAGCAGAACAUAGCAACCACCGAGUUGUAACCGUAGAUAAAUAAUAUCGGACAAUAAUUUCUGUGAAUGGUGUGUGAGUGAGGUUCCUCUGACGUACUGCCGCGUCACUGACGCGUGGGCCUGGGGCCACGCGCAGUGACACGCACAGUACGUCAGAGGAUCUGGUUCCGGUGUGUAGGUAGUGCUGUAAAUCCAAGAAUAGCUGGUCAUAUUUGAAUGAGUUGUGAUAGUCUCUAUGGUGACUGCAACAAUGGAGUGGACCACAUGCUUUCAAGUUUCAAA